GAGGUGCAGCUUUCUGUCCUGUGAAGACGGGAGCUCCGUCCUGAAGUCCUCUUCAGGUUUUCAAACUUCCUCACCGUCAAUGCGACAUUACUCCGCCGUUAACUUCCAGAGAAUGAAAGCGUUAACAUUUGGGCUGACCUUUGUCCGACACGGGGAAACGCAGUACAAUAAAGAAGGCCUGCUCCAAGGCCAGGCGAUAGAUUCCCCUCUGUCUGAGGCUGGGCUGCAGCAGGCCGAGGCAGCAGGCCGUUACCUCAAAGAUGUCAAGUUCACCAACGUGUUUGUCAGUGACAUGCUGCGAGCCCGCCAGACUGCUGAAAUGAUAAUGAAACACAACAGUAGCUGUUCUGCUCUGCAGAUGUCCUGUGAUCCUUUACUGAAAGAGAAGAGCUUUGGGGUAGCAGAGGGAGGGCGGGUGCAGGACUUGAAAGAGAUGGCCAAAGCAGCCGGUCAGACAUUUCCAGGCUUUACUCCUCCAAACGGGGAGACUGACGAGAAGGUGAAAGAGCGGUUCAAAGAGUUUUUGGAGAAAAUGCUCCAGCGAAUCGGGGCUGAACACUGGCAGGAGCGAGCAGAGGAGGAAGCUUCAUCAUCUGCUGUCCCGGGAACGUCUCCUGUGGAGGGGAAGGCGGUCGAUGGGCUCGGGGGCGUCCCGGUCCACGCGCUGGUCGUCACCCACGGGGCCUACAUGUGCGUGGCGGUGCGCUUCUUUGUGGAGGAGCUACUCUGCUCCGAGCCUCCAGGUUCUGACAAAAAACACAUGUUCUCUUUAAGUCCAAACACCGGUCUGUGUCGGUUUAUCCUGACCGUAAGAAAAGAGGACGACAGGUUCCAACUGUCAGGGAUCCACUGUGUGUUCGUCCACAGAGGGGACCAUGUUAGAAAGUAACGCUUUAUAUUAAGGUCCUUUUAAUAACUAUUAAUUAACAAGUAAUAAGUCAAGUCAAGUCAAACUUUAUUUAUAGAGCACAUUUAAAACAACUGGGGUUGACCAAAGUGCUGUACAGAUAUCACAGUUGCAGGAAAUAUGGUAAAAACUAAAAUACAUAAACACAGUGCAACAAUAUAAUAAAAUAAAUAAAAAUAUAAUAAAAUAAAUUAAAAAUUUUAAUAAAAUUUUGUUUUUGCAAGAUGUCCACUUAAACUUGAUUAAAAGCCAGGGAGAAAAACGGUGUUUAUAAUAAUGGCUAGGCCAUUAAGAGCUUUAAAAACAAACAAUACAAUUUUAAAAUCUAUUCUAUAUGCAACCGGGAGCCAGUGUAGCGAAGCAAGGACAGGUGUAAUGUGGUCAUGUUUGCCCUUGUAAGUCCUUACAAGAUGCUUAUUAACAUUAUUGUGUGUUUAUAAGCUUAUAUAAGUGUUAAUAAUGGCAUUACAAACACCCAUGACCCACCCAUUAUGUCUUUGCCAUGCCUUUAUUAAUCUUAUUUUGUUUGCUUAUUGAUAUUAAAAUAUACUUUAUUGCUCAUCUAUUAUAAGUUAACUAUAAGUUAACUAUGCUUUUUGCAACUACCGGAUCUAAAGCGAGAACAAUGCCUUAUUACUUGUUAAUUAAUGGUUAUUAAGGACCUUAUUAUAAAGCGUUACCAAAAGUAGGAGCAGGACCAACAAAAAGGCAAAGACAAUGACUCAGAAAGUGAGAGGAACAAUGGGAAAAAGCACUGAAAAUAUGCAAUUUUGAAAUCAUUUAUUUAUAGAUUAUUAUAUUUAUUUUUAUUCACUUUACAGUUCAAUUAGUUUUUCAAUAUAAGUAUAUUUUUAAGAAUGUAAUUAUCAAAGGUCAAGUAUUAAGGUGCUGUCUAUCAUUGUAUAGUUUACCAAUGGCAACAAAUUAUAAAAACAAAUAUUAAAUCACCAGUAUAUGAAUUAUGUACAUACAUAAUGCAGCCACAUUCUUUAAUGCAACACAUGUUUUAUAUUCAGGGUUUGAAUGCUGUUUCACGAGUUGAGGAGCUUCAUUCAGUCUCAGUUUGUGUUACAGUGCAGCAAUGUCAUCACUUUGUUACUGUCUGGCUGUUCAUUACUGUAAAUGUGGGCAGCUUUGUGCUCUAAUGAGUCCGUGUUUCUAUAUUUAUUCUCCGGAAGUUCAUAGAUCCUACGCAGGAAAACAGAGCAGAACGGCAACACUGUUGACUUUUGGGAAAUCAGUGACUUUAACACUUCGGUCAACAAGUGCAAGUGCAUGCAAGAAACAGUGCAUAUGUGCUAUGUGUUGCAUUUUGUUGAUAAAAAAUAAAUUAUUAACAUUU